AGGGCACGGUGGAGCAUCGCUCGCACGCCCCGGAGCGCCCGUCUUAAGCCCGGCUGGCGCGCGCUGCAGCCUCCCUCAGGGCUAGCCUCGGCAGGCAGGGGCAGGCGCUCGCUCGCACUGCACUCCCAAGUCCGGCGCGGCGCGGCGGGCGGCCGAAGGACGCGGUAAGCGGCGGCGGGCGUCUGCAGGGACCCACGGGGCACGGAGGGCUCGGGAUCCCCCGGACGGGUGCGCUGCCCGAGCUAUGAAGUCUUACACUACAUAUUUCAUGCUCCUAUGGAGUGCUGUUGGAAUAGCAAGGGCUGCCAAAAUCAUCAUCGUGCCGCCAAUUAUGUUUGAAAGCCAUUUGUACAUUUUCAAGACGCUAGCAUCAGCCUUGCACGAGAGAGGACACCACACGGUGUUCCUCCUCUCAGAAGGCAGAGACAUUGCCCCAUCUAAUCACUACAGCCUCCAGCGAUACCCAGGGAUCUUCAACAGUACCACCUCAGAUGCUUUCCUGCAGUCUAAAAUGCGGAAUAUUUUCUCUGGGAGACUGACAGCAGUUGAACUGGUUGACAUACUGGACCACUAUACUAAGAAUUGUGACAUGAUGGUUGGCAACCGAGCCCUAAUCCAGGGUUUGAAAAAAGAAAAGUUUGACCUGCUACUUGUGGACCCCAAUGAUAUGUGUGGAUUUGUGAUCGCUCAUCUUUUAGGAGUUAAAUAUGCUGUAUUUUCUACUGGCCUUUGGUAUCCUGCUGAAGUAGGAGCCCCUGCUCCUUUAGCUUAUGUCCCAGAGUUUAACUCACUCCUCACAGACCGCAUGAACUUCCUGGAAAGGAUGAAAAAUACUGGCGUUUACCUCAUUUCCAGACUGGGGGUUAGCUUUCUGGUUCUUCCCAAAUAUGAGAGGAUAAUGCAGAAGUAUAACCUGAUGCCUGCGAAGUCCAUGUAUGAUUUGGUUCAUGGGUCCAGCCUAUGGAUGUUGUGUACUGAUGUAGCACUGGAGUUUCCAAGACCCACGCUGCCUAACGUUGUGUACGUUGGAGGAAUCCUAACAAAGCCGGCCAGCCCACUGCCAGAAGAUCUGCAGAGUUGGGUAAAUGGUGCUCAGGAACAUGGCUUUGUCCUGGUGUCUUUUGGAGCUGGUGUCAAGUAUCUGUCAGAAGACAUUGCUUACAAACUGGCUGGAGCUCUGGGGAGAUUGCCUCAAAAAGUGAUUUGGAGGUUUUCUGGAACUAAACCAAAGAAUCUAGGAAACAACACGAAGCUCAUAGAAUGGUUGCCUCAGAAUGACCUGCUUGGUCAUUCAAACAUCAAAGCCUUCCUAAGCCAUGGUGGUUUGAACAGCAUUUUUGAAACUAUGUAUCAUGGUGUCCCUGUAGUGGGAAUUCCACUUUUUGGAGACCAUUAUGAUACUAUGACUCGAGUACAGGCAAAAGGCAUGGGGAUCUUGUUAGAAUGGAAAACAGUUACUGAAGGAGAGUUGUAUGAUGCGCUGGUGAAGGUUAUCAAUAAUCCAAGCUAUCGGCAGAGGGCUCAGAAGUUAUCAGAAAUUCAUAAGGAUCAACCUGGCCACCCUGUCAAUCGGACUACCUAUUGGAUAGACUACAUUCUUCGCCAUGAUGGAGCCCAUCACCUCCGUUCAGCUGUUCAUCAGAUUUCUUUCUGUCAGUAUUUUCUACUGGAUAUUGCCUUUGUGCUUUUGCUUGGUGCUGCCUUGUUCUACUUCAUUUUGUCCUGUGUGACAAAAUUUAUCUAUAGAAAAAUCAAAAGUCUGUGGUCUAGAAAUAAGCAUAGCACAGUAAAUGGACAUUACCAAAAUGGAAUCCCCAAUGGCAAAUACAAAGGAAAUGGUCAUAUUAAACAUGAAAAGAAGGUAAAAUGAGCUAACAGCCCAGGAAAUGGGAACAAAUCUGUUCGGUCAUUGAGUUUGAAUUGCUAUACUUUAGUCUAACAGCUACUAAAACUAAAUGUCAGCAAACAAUUCUAAUACUCCCUCAUCAGACCUUACUAAUGAAAUGCCAUGGAUAAGAUAUCUGUAAAGAGCACAACCCUAAAUGCAAAAAAUGUAUUUUAUUCAAAUACUGAUGCAGAAAGUUGGCACUGAACCAUUUAGAAGCCUUAAUUAUUUAAAUCAAUUAAGUGAUUGUGUCAGACCUUAGUUUUAAAUGUUACAUGUCUAUUAUAGGUGAGGAAUGGUGUCUUUUUUCUUAGUAAGAUGUGUGUAUGUGUGUUUCCUAUUCCUAUAUCAGUGAGUUUUGGCUUGUAUUUGUUGAAAGUACAACAUAUUCAGGAAUGGAGUAGGAAGACAGGACCCAAAUGUUUCUCUGCCAGUGUUUAACAUAUGUGAACUUUGAAUUCUACCUUCAAAGACUGAUUCCCUCAAAAUUCAAAGGGGGCAAGUGAAAAGAUGGGUGGCACAAUUUUUGUAUUGUUGUUUAUUAUAGAUUUUUUUAUUUGUUUGUUUUGUAUAUGUCCUUCCUAAUGACUAUGGAUUCUUGUGGAGGAAAACAUGUAAUGAAGUAAAUGAAUGAAUUGUUUUUCACAUUUUGCUUAUGUUUUCUCCUACCAAUAAUUUUCCCCUGGAAGAAUUUUCUAAUUUUCUUGUCUUGUUUUGGUAAAUAACAUGUUAACGUAUAGUUAAGACAAAGCAAGAAAGCUUACUUUUGUUCAGAGUACUAAAGAUUAUUGCUCACAUGGCAAUUGGAAGCAGGGCCAUUGUUUGAAUGUUUAUGUGACUGUUGGAUAUUCCAUAAUUUAAGUUUUGAAUAUUCAGGUGUCACCAUUCUAAAAUUUUAACUUUAAAAUACCACCUUUCAUUCCUGAUGUUGUCUGGGUCACACAAUCUAGUAUAUAGGUGCCAACAUGAUUCUUUUAAGCAGAACAUUUAUGAAUCUCCUGAUUGGUACCUGCUUUGUCUGCAGGGGUUUGAAGUUUUGUCAGUAAAUCAGACUCGACAUGCUACACAGAAGUGACAGGAAUUGUGCCACCCAUUGUGCAGAUGAGUUCCAUUCCCUCACUCCAUCAACCCAGCUCAGCAGCCUUUGAUGUCACUGUGUCUGACAUGGGACAGUGACAGUAUUCAUUUGGAACAGGGAGAUGAGUCACAACCUUCACAAAAUCAGGACCUCCCUGAUGAGCCACUUACUAGAUGACAGCUAUAGGCCUAUUCCAUGUCACUCUGUUUACUGAGCAUUUGCACUACACAUGCGGAGUAUGUGCUUUAUUUAUUUGUGGUUGGAAAUCCCACAUUUGACACUUGAGAGUAGAGAAAUGAAAUAUUAAUGUCAUUCACUAACAUGGAAGAGUUGUGAGAAAUCUAGAAUGCUGUAAAUCCUUGUCAUACACUAUGACAUACAACUUUAUGACACUCCCACCAGGAGCCACUCUCAGAUACUUAGAAGUAAUAUCAUCAAUAGUUUUCUAAUGCACAAUGCAUCAAAUGUACUGCUUUCUGAAUACUUGAAGAAAUGGUAUAUAUACAAACCUGUUAGUUACACCUUUUCACAAUCUUAUCACAAUGUUGCCAUUAAGAGGAAAGAAGUCAGGCAGUGAAUGGUGGGAUGGUAGCAGGACAUAGAGUGUAUGAAUGAGUUGAUUCUACAUUUUGGCAUUUGAUGAAGUUGACAAUAGGCACUAACUGGAUGAUUAAGCAUAAGUUAAUUUCUACUGUGAUUUAAAAAAAGACUUAAAACAAUAAACAAAAUUGAAAAUAGAGAAAUGUUGUUGGAAUAAAAUUUUUAUUCAGAUUUUUAUUUCACAGUAUUAUAUAUAGGUAUAUUUAGAUUAUAAACAUGUUUCUAAGACCUCCUUACUUUUGUAUGUGUAUAUGAGUGUGAAAACAAUGUAUUAAAUGCAAUAAUGUAUUUAAUAAAAAUUAAAUGCAGGGAUUUAUCUUUUCAAGUAUAUCAAUAUGGAUCUUUAAACUCUAUCCCAGAAUAUUAAGAACAAUUUUUAAUUAUCAUUGUUUCUUUUUUAUUUUAUCUUAUUUUUUAUUGUUGUUGUUCUCCUCUACCCAACCCCUACCCUAGACUCCCAGAAGGCCUAUUAGCCAGUUUUAGUAAACAGGGUGAUUUAACAUUUUUUAUACUUAGGCUAAAUUCUCUCUAAUAAAGUAAAAUUUUCAAAAAGGCAUUUAUUCACUUACUCUUAAGAAAGAGUCUCUAUAACAGAAAGUGCUUCCAUAGCUGGUUUUAUCAAAUUAAAAUUGUUUUUUUUUUCUCUUCUAAAUCAGUAACUUUGUAAUAUCUUACCAAUAGCAGAAGGCAAGAAAUUUGAUGACCCAAAUUGGAAAGAGUUCAUGUUUGAAUUAGAAGCAGCACUAUUAUUGAACUAUAAAGAAACUAGACACUUCCCUCAAAUCUCAGCCCCUCACUACAUCCUAAAUUACUACUAAAAUUGAACGACUCCACUUCAAUAAAAAAGUUUAAGAAUGGUAGACCCUUGAGGCUGGUGUAUUACUCAUAAUGAGGACUUGGGUUUGGUCUUAAGAAAUUCUCAUUCUACCCUAUCUCCACAAAGAAGAAGAAAAGUAUGUUGAAAAACAACCGUGAGUAAUAAUUUAGCAGUUUGUUUUAUUGGGAGUAUAACAUUUAUUUUUUUCAAUCUUUCUGCUGAAAGUAAUUCCACAAGUUUAUAAAUUUCACAUUUGACAGUGUUUGUCAUUAUGAAUAAUAAUACAAAGGAUAAAACUUCCAAAUCUUGUCAGAUAAAGUGGGCAAUUACAGAAAUUCUGUUGCUGAAACCUCCUUAAAAUAUGCCUUUGAGAAUUUCUUACUCAAGUGUUCAAGAAGACCACUGGAUCCAGCUUUUCAAGAAGUGUGUUAUGUGUAAAUAUGCUGUUUGUAUUUUUGGUAGACUUAGAUAUACUUUCCUUACACAUUUUAGUAAGAAGUUAUUGAAUUUCAUACAGUUAAACCUUCCACACCAUUGUUUAGCUGAAAAUUCUCCAAACUGUUCUAGGUUUCCAUCCACUUGGGUGUUUGUGGAAUGGAUUUAGUGAUGUUGGUAACAGGUGGUAGCACAGGUGUAGGUAAUCUUGUUUUUUAAGUUAUGGAAACUAAAAGGCACAUAAUAGUUUUAUCACACCGUUUCCUUGGGGUGAUCAGAUAUGUUCUAAGAAAGAAUUCACAUUGUUACCUGAAAAUCUAAAUAGUCUAAUAAAACAAGAGUUCUUAAUUAGAGUAUAAUUACUGUUUGCAAUGAUGAAGUCACAACAUGAAAAAUCAUACUGUGAUUUUAAAUAAAAGUAUGUUAAUCAAUAUAAGUCCAAUACCAACAUUUAUCUCAUGGAGUUGAACACUUCUCUUCUGAUAUUACAAAAGAUUUUCAUUUGUAAGCCAAUACAGAAUUUCCCACUGAUUUGUAGAGAAUUAGUAUUAUUAUAUUCCAACUUCUACAAUCAUUUUAUUUUACUUUUUCAGAUCUUAUUUUGUGUAAGUGAUAAUUCUCCAUUGCAAUGAACAGAAUUGACUUAGAUUUUCACUGAAUAAGUGUUAGUUACCUCGUUUCAAAUGAUAGUUUCUGUUGAACCAUGAUUCCUUAGUCCCAAUAUUAGGAUCAGAUUUAUGUUUAAAAUAAAAAUAAAAUUUAAAAAUUCCCACAA